AAGAUCGGUCCAAGUUCUUUCAUGCUGGUCAUAGAGUCACUGAAUCGGAAGACCGCGCUUAGUUCAAAGAUGGGUACUUGGCUCAUAGAGCGCCAGCUCACACCGGUGACCCAAGUAUGCCUACAUGGAUACGGCGAAGGUGGCCUGUCCGAGCAAAUUCGUCACCAAAACCUUGGCCCUCAGGCC